UCCAAAAUAAGUUGUGCCAACAAUGGUGGAUGGAUGGACGAAUAGCUUGGUUUUGUAAACCUCCAUUAGUUCUGAGACGUUUUCAAACAUUCUGAUCGUUUGAACACUUCCGUCAAAAUAAACUGUGUCUUGACAAAAAAAACUAUGGCACUGCGAAUGGAGCCAGGUCAAGUGUACAACUCGUGGCUGGAAUUCAAGCAAGCCCUUGAGGAGCACUGCAAUGAGCACAAAGUCUUGUUUAACAUUGGUCACGCCAAAACUGUGGAACAGGCAAACUCUCUUUUGAAGAAACCCCCGUUCUUUCACGACCGUCUGAAGUAUGCAUCAUGCACACUGCGAUGUAAACACUUCGGAUCCUACACAAGUCUCAGUGCUGGGUUGAGACCAAAGCAAAGGAGCUACAAGAUUGACUGCAAGGCUUUUGUCAGUGUCAGCGCGUGCCGCAAGGAGGGCUACUUGAUUGUCCGUGACUCUUGUCAUCUGCACUCACACCCAUGCACCGAAGAAAUCUACAACUCGUACCCGGAGGUGCGAAGGAUGAGCAAAGACGAGAAGAAGAUGGUGGGUACUCUAAUGGAGAUGGGCGUUCCUGUGGCACAGAUCAAGACUGCAAUUGGAAGAAGUGUGACACCGAAGGACUUGCACAACGCUCGCUCGCACAUGAAGCGAGUCCGGAUGGGACUGGACAGGGAAGAACCUAGGACGGGGCCCCGUAAGCGCCGGACGUACUCGGAGAUGCAAGGGGACCAUCAGGUGGUCGGUGAGAUUCUCUCGGGUGGGGAGGAGGUAGAAGAGGACAUGGAGGGAAUUUCUUCUACUCCCGAGAAAAAGGUCAAGACGGAGAGUGAACAGGAAGAGAAGGGAACGGAGGAGGUGACCGAAUCGGCAGGUUUUUCCAUGAUGGUGGAGGGGAUGGGCGACCAGUUGGGGGCUACAGACAAUGGUUUGAGCGUGGUUGAGUCGUCUCAGGCGGGCUCCGAGAGAGAGGUGACCUCUAGCGUGGAGGAUACUAGUGGACUAUCCGGCCUCCUGGCAGCGGCGGGGCUCAGCUCAGACUCGGUGGUGCUCACCGUCAAUCAGGGGUCAAAGUCUGAGGUGUCGGAGGAAACAGAAAAAAGAGAGAACCAGCCCAAGAACUCGUACACGGUCACUAUCUCUCUACCCGAGGGGGACGUUACGCACACAGGGACUGACUUACAAGAGCUGCUGAAAGGUCUUCCGCUAAAUAAAAUCGGGCCGACCGCCAAAGCAGAUUCCUCUUCCCCUCUCCCAGCUGAGGUGAAGACAGAAGUGCCGAGAGGAGCAGACAGCGCGGGUAAAAGCUGCUCAAAGUGCGAGUCGUACAUGUCGCCUCUGGAUGGGCACAGCCUGUGUCUACAGUGUCUGGGGCCGGACCACCUGCUCAUGAAGGAGUGCGUCCACUGCGCAUCCAUGAGACCCGAGCAGCUGUCCAUUCGCAGAAAGCAGCUGGUACGACAGCGCAUGAAAGCCCUGAAGGCUCUGCAGGACAAGAGGAUGCGCCAGUCUUUGCUACAGUCGGACUCGGACGACAGCAGUGUGGCACCUAUCAUCUUGAGGAAAAGUAAGAGGGGUCGGAAGCCCAAGAACUAUGGGCCGGAUAUCGCCGUGGAAAGUGCGUUUGUGAGGGGGUAUACGUCUGCCAGAGACAAAGAGGGUGACAGAGUUCGCCCCAAAAGUGAGCCGUUCGAUGAGUAUGAAUUGAACCCCUUUGAGCAGCAAGACAAUGUAGCUGAUUAUGCUGAGGAGAAUAAGUCCAGGUCUGCGUCAUCUAACAGUCAGCGGUUUGAUCACUUGCUGGGACAGACGGCUGUGCUCGACGACGUCAUUUUGGAGGAAAGUGGUCAGGGCUCUCUGCUCUAUGUGCCAGGUCCAAGCGCUUGUGACGAAUUUGCCAGAGUGACAGCGCUCCAGAACCCCCCAGCUACCCUAACCUCUCUCUACGGCAAGUACUCUCUUCACCAAAGCUUUGAGUCGGAGUACUGCAGUGAUCCGCCUGCCCUCAGCAAUGUGUCUGAUCCGGGGGUCAAAGCCAUGGGCUCUGGUUUGCGCAAGCUGGCGAAGAAUGCAGCUGUCCAGACCAGGCUGGCUGUGUAUGACCAAGUCUUCACACGUCUAGGGGUGGGUAUGGCAGAUGAAGCCCUGUCUAUUCUCGGCGAGCUCUACGGUAAAGUCACUCACGUGACCGAGAUCUCUCAGGAAGACCUGACCAACGACCUUCAAACAGCUCUUGAUACCAUACAAGCACUCAAAGACGUGUUGGAGGAACUUGGCAUCAUGUCCUCCGACGCCAUCAGCACUGCAGCCCACCAACGAAGUCUGUCGAUCGGCUCUCUCAACAUAGCAAAGAAGUCACUCCAGCAACAAGCAGAUGCUUCAGAAGUCUCAAACCGCCGGCGGAAGUUCCAACCGUUCUCGCGUCCCAAAAUAGCCCCAGUGAUCAUAAAAACACCCGAGCCCGCGCCAACUCCCCCACCACCCGUGCAGUCUUCAUCCUCGUCCUCAUCUUGCGCGACGAGCUCCCUGCCUGCCCUGUCCAUCCCGAGCCAAUACAUGAAGCACCUGGUGGUCAACGUCUCUGCCGACAACGACCUUGCCCUCAUCCCGUCCUCCACCGCCCAGGAAGUGACGUCCGAGCCCCAGCCAGACCCGAGCCCGGCGUUCAUCAGCGUGUCCAGCAAGGAGUACUCGGUGGCGCCGCUGACGGUCAGCUCGGAGCUCCUACAGAGCCUGCAGGGCGGCAAAGAGGGCGUGAUUGAGCUGCACGUCAUGAAGGAGGAUGCCGCGGGGAUGCUCACGGCAGGAGACACCAUUGAGGAGGUGAUACACACGCAGUCCGAGGAGGUCCUCGAUGCCUCCGGGGCAUACCAGCUCAACAGUUGAUGAGAGGUCACCCUUUAGUUUAUCGAGGAGGUGAUACAUACGCAGUCCGAAGAAGUCCUAGAUGCCUCCAAGGCCAGCCAGCUCAACAGUUGAGGAGACGUCACCCCUUAGUUUAUCGAGGAGGUGAUACACACGCAGUCCGAGGAAGUCCUCGAAGCCUCCGGCCAUACCAGCUCAACAGUUGAUGAGACGUCACCCUUUAGUCCUUUGAAGAUGUGAUAAUCACACCACAGUACAUGAAGGAGACUUUUGAGACAAUGUCAUGCCACACCAGCUCAUUAGUCAAUGCUUCGUCACCCGGCCCCUUGUAUUUUGGAGAGGUGAAUCAAAAUAAUCUAGUCUACCACGGAUGCCCUUGGUGUAACCAGGGGGUGACCACUCAAAAGUUGAUACAAUAUCUCCUUAUAUUCUUUUGACCCGUUCUUCAGUGAAGUGGUUAGACUUUUUUGCCCUGCAUUCACUAGACAUGAGUUUGUUUCCAAGAUGGUUUAUUGUAAGAAUAUUUCAUUGAAUGAUUGAUUGAAGUUCUCUGCUGGUCAGCUGCCAAGAUUAUUGAGAUGUACCCCACAUAGUCUGGUUAGCUUGGACAGGUGGAACUGAAGUAGCCUGUCUCGUAAAUGAUCUUAUCUGUUUCAAUGGGAUCUCAGAACAGUUUCUCUCUUUUGACCUAGUAGGCCCUACUAGUACUAGUACAGUUGAGGUUAAGGACCAGAGUCUUCCUUUUCCUCAGUGAAUUGACUGCCAAGUAUACAAGUGUCUCUUAUACUUAUUUAACUUAUACUGCUUAAAUCUAAUCAAACUUUUUGGCAUUUUCAAAAAGGCAUGAACCGGUACCAUAUAUAUGCUGCUAUUCAUUUCAUGUUGCAAUAUUUUGUUACAUUCAUGGAAGAGUGUUACAUAAAUUAAAAACUCAAGUAGACAUAUUCAA